AUGGCGGAGAAAAUGAUCGAAAAGGGGUCCGCCUCUAAAAGAAAGUCUUCACUUGAAGACAUCAGUAAUACGGACGAAGAUGAGCUUCUGUCCGAGAAGAUAAAUUCCGUUUCCAGCGCGGCUGGUAAAAGGAAACAUGAGUCGACAAAGUCGAAAGCUUCCGCGAGUGGCGGAGCAAACACUUCAAGUGUAAAGGGUAAGAAACCAGCGAAGGUUAAUAGUAAUGAAACUCAAAACCUUGGCCCUUCUACCUCUGCAAACGUAGACAAUCAUGAUGCAAUCAUGUCAAUGUUAGUCUCAAUCCAAGAAGGUCAGAAAAGACAAUCUGACGAUAUAAGGUCUUUAAAAGACCGGGUACAAGACAUUGAAGAAUAUAACGAGGGUAAUAAUUAUGAUGAUAAUUAUGAUGAAGGUGAAGAAAACCCCCAUGAUGAUGGGGAAAAUGUAGACAAUGAAAGUGAACCACCUGCUAAGAAGCAGAACAAAGAUGAUAAUAGAUUUUCAUCUAUGUCUAAGAGAUGUAAGGUUCAAGAACUUUGUGAUGUCAAAAUUGAUGAGGUCUUGGCAAAUAAUGUCAAUGAGUUGUUCAGGAAUGGUAUGAAUGAGGAACAAUACUCUGAGUUAACUAAAGAUGAAAACAAUGCAAGACCUGAAAAUUGUGAAGGUUUAUCUAUUGUAAGAAUAAACCAACUCAUGUGGAAUGUAAUUUCACCAGGAGCACAAUCUGCUGAUAAAAAAUUACAAUUUCUUGAAAGAACUAUUGUAAAAGCAGCAACAAUUCUAACGAAAACUGUCAACAAAAUGGCUAUUGACGAAAACAACAAUGCCAAUGGUAACUCUGGUAGUGGAGAAUACAUUGACAAAUGUAAUGAUGUAUUGGCUUUGUUGGGCCAUGCAAACCGCCAAUUUAAUAUGACUAGAAGGGAUUUUUUAAAGCCCGAAAUGAUGGCAGAAUAUGUGCCUCUCUGCUCACACUCUGUUCCUUACACAAACAACCUUUUUGGAGAUGAUGUCUCUAAAGUUGCAAAGGACAUUGAAGAUUGUUCCAAAGUUGGAAACAAGUUGAAGUUUGGUAGUGGCAGAGGUAGAGGCGGAGGCUUCUUCAGAGGUGGUAGAGGAGGCCACAGAGGUACUUUUAGCAGAGGUGGCUACCGUGGAGGAAGAGGUGGCUUCCGAGGAGGAAGAGGUCGAGGUUCCGGCCCUAUUCCAAAAAACUCCCAGAGAGGAGGAAAUCCACAGAAGUAUUAG